CCCUCGCCUCGCCUAGCGCUGGUUCCGCCGCAGCAAUCCGCUGCUCUUGGUCCCGUAUGCCCUCUAUUCAGCCAUCAGCACGGUAUCCCGACUGCAGCACAUAACUCGGUCAACAUAACUCGGUCAACAUGGAGCCGGUUCCCGAAACAGAGAGGAUGGAGGAGUUCCGGCCAUCACCACUUCCCAGCUUGAGGCUUCAGGGAACAGCGUCUGGCGGCUCUCACGAAAACGACUUCCUGAGAAAACCUCCCACUAUCCGCCGAUCUACCGACCCUUCACCGUCCUCUCCCAUAUCGCCGUCUUGGAUGCCGCCUGCUCUCCCGUAUCGACCCCGCGCAUCCUCGCCGUUGUCUAGCAACCACGUCAGGUCGCGAUCGGCCGCGAGCUUGGCUCCGCCCAUGGCUCGGACUCAGUCCAUGCCCAGUACAAAUGCUACUGGGCACCUCCUCUACUCUCCUCAGCUCCGCCCGCAGAGUCCCGCCGGUUCCCCCAGCCGAAUCCGCAUCCCGCGAAAGCCGAUAGACGAGGGCUUCCCUUCCUCGCCGACCCGCGUCUCUGUCCUAGACCCCCAGCGGAAACUGUCCGAGAGGAGCAGUUCGCCAAACCUAGCGCUGGGCAUCGCACCUCCCACAACAAUGCCCAAAGUGCGGCGACCGUCAUCACCGCUCUUCCAGGUUGCUCAUGUCAGCAACGGCUCAAUUCCCGGCGCAAUCCCAACCACACCCUCUUCGAUUGGCAAUUCCCCAUCAUACCGAUCAUACGAUUCGUUUUCUGGCAGCUACGCCUCUUCUGCAAUAUACCCCUCGUCCUCUGUGCCUUCGACUCCCACCUCUGCCAGGUCGAGGAGCCCCAGCAUCUCUAGUCUCGAGACUAUACCCGACUCCCCCGAUGCUGAAGAGGCUGCCUUGGAAGCCGAGAGAAUAGCCCAGCUGAAAGCUGCGGCGGACGCUGCCGAAGGCGGCGAUGCCAAGGGCAGAAGCAGCCUGGAUAUGCCUAUCCGCGGCCGGACAUUGACCGGCUUCAGCUCCCGGGACAAGCGGAAGCGAUGGAGUGUGUGUGGUGCCGAGAGAAGGCAGGAUCUGGACUUGGAGACGAUAUGGGAGGACUGACGCCCCCCAUUGAGCUGUAUCGUAUUUAGGAGCCUCAGUCUGAGCGGUUAGCAUCCCUCUUAUCAUCUAAGGCACGUAUUCCAGCUUCAAUGGGAAUCAUAGCCCAUCAAAUAUAGCGGCGUCCGUCAAAGGGCCGUGGGACACCAAGUCACUUCUCAGAUCCAUGCUUGUCUGAUCAUCCCGUACGGCAGAUGGUCGAUGAUGCUUACGAUCUGU